AUGGGGAGAGGGAGAGUGCAAUUGAAGCGGAUCGAGAACAAAAUAAGCAGACAAGUCACGUUCUCGAAGCGAAGAACAGGAUUACUGAAGAAAGCGCAUGAGAUCUCUGUUCUCUGUGAUGCUCAUGUUGCUCUCAUCGUUUUCUCUUCCAGAGGGAAAUUGUUUGAGUACUCUACUCACUCCAGGUAUCAUUCAUCUUCUUCUACUUCAAUCUCCCUCACUCUAGUCUCCAUACAGUUUCAUGGCGUAAUAUCUAUUCCGUACGUCAAUGGCGUCUGGUUUUGA